AUGCCGGACUAUCAAAUAGUCAGAAGCAAACUAAAAUCCAAUUUGAGACAGAAAUAUCAGCGCAUUUUGGAUGGAACAACAGGAAGAGGCCAUAGAAAGUUCCUGAAUGAUAUCUACACUGAUCUCUACAUUGUGGAAGAUGAGACUGGAGGAGUCAUUCAUGAACAUGAGAUUAUGCAGGCUGAGACAUCAACUAGGAGAUUUACCUCAGAGGAAACUCCAAUCACAUGCAGUGACAUUUUCAAAGUCUCUUCUGAUCCAAGUCGAAGAAACCGAAAAGUGCUGACUAUGGGAAUCGCUGGAGUGGGCAAGACUGUAUCAGUGAAUAAAUUCAUACUGGACUGGGCAGAGGGAAAGACCAACCAGGACAUAGAUUUUAUUUUUCCACUCCCCUUUCGAGAGCUGAAUUUAAGGAAGAAGAAAAGAUACAGUCUGAUAGAGUUGCUUCAUAAAUGUCUUCAAGGUUCUGCUGAAUUGAAGUCUCUUCCAGAUGGCGAUGGCAAAGUCAUGUUCAUUUUUGAUGGACUUGAUGAAUGUCGCUUUCCUCUUGGAUUCAAUGACAUUAAUGAGGAAGUAGAAGAGGAAGAGAAAGAAGAAAAGAUUGAUCAGAAAACAACAGUUGGUGUACUAAUAACAAAUCUAAUCAAGGCAAAUCUGCUUCCCUCUGCUCUCAUCUGGAUAACCUCCAGACCAGCAGCAGCCCAUCAGAUCCCGCGAGACUACAUUGACCAGGUGACUGAAGUACGAGGAUUCAGUGAUGAACAAAAGGAAGAGUACUUUAGGAGGUACAAUGACAAGGACCAGGAUAUGGCCAAAAAUAUGAUCUCACAUGUAAAGAAAUCAAGGAGCCUCCACAUCAUGUGUCACAUACCAGUCUUCUGUUGGAUAUCAGCCACUGUGCUUCAGCCAAUGCUAGCCAAAAGCACUAAUGAAGAACUCCCUGCAACUCUGACUGGGAUGUACACACAGUUUCUGAUUUUUGAAACAAAUCAAAUGAAAAAGAAAUAUGAGACUGAGCACAUUAUACUGAAGCUUGGAAAGUUGGCCUUCCUUCAGCUGGAGAAGGGUAAUCUGAUAUUCUAUGAGGAAGACCUGAGAGAGUGUGGCAUUGAUGUCAGUGAGGGUUCAGUGUACUCAGGAGUUUGCACACAGAUAUUCAGUCAAGAGCAGGGAGCCUCUGAGAGGAUGGUGUUCAGCUUUGUACAUCUGAGUGUUCAAGAAUUCCUUGCUGCAGUCUAUGUGUUUCUUUCACAUCGUAACAACAAGAAGAAUCCACUUUAUCCAAACACAGUUGUGAACAGAUUCAAAUGGCGGUUUAAGAGCACGGAAGUUUUUUAUGAAUCUGCUGUAGGCAAGGCCUUAGAGAGUGAGAAUGGACACCUGGACCUUUUCCUCCGCUUCCUUCUUGGCCUCUCACUGCAAUCCAAUCUGAGACACCUGAAAGAACUACUGCCACAAACAGUGAUCAGAGCAGUGAGUGUGGAAAAAACAGUCGACUACAUCAAGAUGAUGCUCAACAAGAACAUCUCAUCAGAGAGGAGCAUCAAUCUCCUCUAUUGCCUGAAGGAACUGAGGGAUGACUCCCUUGUAAAUGAAAUUCAAAAUUACUUGAGUUCAGGACGUCUCUCAACAGAGAAACUGUCAUGUGCACAGUGGUCAGCUCUGGUCUUUGUGCUCCUGAUGUCAGAGGAGACUCAAGAAAAGUUUGAGCUGAAGAAAUAUAGGGGAUCAGAUGAAGGUUUGAAGAGACUUCUUUCAGUACUGAAAAACACCAAACGGGCUAUACUUGAUGGUUGUAAUCUCACUCAACAGUCCUGUGAAGCUGUAGCCUCAGUUCUACAGUCAGUAAACUGUCCGCUGAGAGAGCUGGACAUGAGUAACAAUGACCUUCAGGAUUCUGGAGUGAAACAGCUUUGUGUGGGACUGAAGAAUCCACACUGUAAACUGGAAAUACUGAGACUUGCUGGUUGCAGUCUCACUGAACAGUCCUUUGAAGCUGUAGCCUUAGUUCUACAGUCAGUAAACUGUCCCCUGAGAGAACUGGACCUGAGUUAUAGUGACUCUAAGGAUUCAAGACUGAAGUUGAUCUGUGAGGGACUGAAGAAUCCAUACUGUAAACUGGAGAUACUGAGACUUGCUGGUUGUAAUCUCCCUGAACGGUCCUGUGAAGCUGUAGCCUCAGCUCUACAGUCAGUAAACUGUCCCCUGAGAGAGCUGGACCUGAGUAACAAUGACCUUCAGGAUUCAGGAGUGAAGUUGCUCUGUAUUGGACUGGAGAAUCCACAAUGUAAACUGGAGACACUGAGACUUGCGCUCUGUAAUCUCACUCAACAGUCCUGUGAAGCUGUAGCCUCAGCUCUACAGUCAGUAAACUGUCCCCUGAUAGAACUUGACCUGAGUUAUAAUGACUUUAAGGAUUCAAGACUGAAGUUGAUCUGUGAGGGAAUGGAAAAGCCACACUGUAAACUGGUGACACUGAGACUUGCUGGUUGUAAUCUCACUGAACAGUCCUGUGAAGCUGUAGCCUCAGUUUUACAGUCAGUAAACUGUCCCCUGAGAGAGCUGGACCUGAGUAACAAUGACCUUCAGGAUUCAGGAGUGAAGCUGGUCUGUAUGGGACUAAGGAAUCCAUACUGUAAACUGGAGAUACUGAGACUGUCUGGCUGUUUAGUGACAGAGGAAGGCUGUUCUUCUCUGGCUUCAGCUCUGAGCUCAAACCCAUCACACCUCAGAGAGCUGGAUCUGAGUUACAAUAACCCAGGAGACUCAGGAGUGAAGCUGCUCUCUGACAGAAAGAAGGAUCCACACUGUCGACUGGACACACUCAAUGUGGAUCAUGGAGCAGAGAGCAGGAUCAAACCAGGAUUAAAAAAAUAUGCCUGUGAUCUCACACUGGACCCAAACACAGUAAAUACAGACCUCUCUCUCUCUGAGGGGAACAGAAAGGUGACAUGGACAGAGAAUCAGUCAUAUCCUGAUCAUCCAGAGAGAUUUAAGGGUUUCUGUCCUCAGGUCAUGUGUAGAGAGAGUCUUACUGGACGCUGUUACUGGGAGACUGAGUGGAGUGGAGAUGCUGUUAUAGCACUGACAUAUAGAGGAAUCAGGAGGAAAGGAGAGAGUGGUGACUGUAGGUUUGGACACAAUGAAAAGUCCUGGAGUCUGUGGUGCUCUGAAAAUAGAUAUGCUGCCCGUCACAAUAAUCAGAGAACUGACUUACCUGCCCGCCCCUCACACACACAGAGAAUAGGAGUGUAUCUGGACUGGUUGUCUGGAAUUGUUUCCUUCUACAACGUCUCCUCUGACACACACACACUCACACACAUACACACAUUCCACUGCACAUUUACGGAGCCCCUCUAUGCAGGUUUUAGAGUUUAUAAUUAUGAGUCCUCACUUCAGCUUGAUGUUAGCUGUCACCAGAUAGUGGUCACAGUUGCCACCCGCGCCAUGACAAGCUCUAACAUCUUGGAGAGACCUGCUGUGACAGAGGGCUCUGUCUCAGGCUGUGAGCGGCACUUAUACUCCCACACCAACCUCACCAAGUAG